AUGCCUCGCGCAGCAGGCUCGGAUCAGAUCACCAUACCAAUGCAUUGCGGGCUGCCAGUUCUCCUAUGGGUUAUUCAAUUCAUGACCAUUACUGUCUACAUCUAUGCUAUUACUUUCCUCGUCGCUGCCAUGGCCGCGAAGGGCGACCUGGGCGCUCUCGGACCAUCUUACCUCACCAUCUUAAUCUUCUUCCUUCUCAUCCUCCUCCUCCUCAGCAACGAAGCCGUCUUCCUCCUCCGCCGCACCCUCACUCCGACCCUCUACUUAAACUCGCAAAUCGUCAAGACAUUUUUCUUCAUUACCACCCUCCUCUCCAUCGAGGUCUUCGGCCUCGCCUGGAAGCGGACAGACGUGAGCGGCCUCAACGGGACGCUAGGCGGCAUCAUCGACCUCACACUUCUCGCCUCAAUCCCCUUCACGUUGAGUCUGGCCCUGGCGUGGUUCAUGCAGAGGGAGAGGAGGAGCGGCAUUGCGAUUGUGGUCACCGGUGUAGAUGUAGAUGUAGAUGUAGAGCAAGGCCAGGAGCGGAGACCGCUGCUCCCGGAUCGCUAUCAUACCGCUUAA